UCUUACAUUAUGCUUCGUUGGGCUUUGGUUUUCUCUGUUGUCGUGGCCGUAGCAAACGGAAAGAUUCUGAGUGCUCAGCAAUUCCAGCAGGAGCUGAGGAAGAACCACGUUCCGGAAUGGAUGAUUGGCACAUUCACUUGCAUUGCGAAACGCGAAUCCGGCUUCAACACUGCUGCGAGGAAUUGGCACACGGGAGAUCACGGCAUCUUUCAGAUCAGCCAGAAAUACUGGUGCUCUCCACCAGGAAAAGGAUGCAAAGUUUCUUGCGACGCUCUGCGAAACAAUGAUUUAAAGGAUGAUAUUAAAUGCGCAAUGCUUAUUUACAACAAGAGCGGUUUCAAUGCUUGGGCCACUUACCAAUAUUGUCGUUAAUUACUUGAUUUUCUUAUUAAUUCGCACAAUUUCCACGUUUUGAUUAUUGUUUGAUUGUAUUUGCUAUAAUUAGAAUUUAGAUUAAUGAAAAUAGUUUUUUUUGAUAGAAUUAAGA